UGUUGAUCCGAGACUUACCCCCCAACACACGCAUACACACCCUACAAACGGUGUGUAUAUAGAAAGUUUGGGUGAUCCAUUGACUUUAUUUCUAAGGAGAUCGUAUUCAUCGGCUUUUCCUUCAAUGCAUUCUGAGUUCAUUUUAACCGAGGGAAGUUAAAAGGAUUUCGUUCUCAUUUUUUGCUUUGGUGGGGAAACGAUGGAUCGCUGCUUCGUCAGAAGGCAUCGGAUCCCCGGGAAAAUGAACUUGAUUGUAUUCGUUACAUUGAUCGUAUGUCUGAAUCGAUUCGUGAUAUGCAAGAAUUUGAAGUAUAAGGUGUACGAGGAGCAGGCGGUUGGAUCCGUUGUCGCGAGGCUAUCGGAGGAUGUAGCUGAUGUUCUGGCCAAGUUACCGAACCCAGCUUCCAUUCGGUUUCGAGCGAUGCAGCGUUCUAUGCUCUCGGUCCGGGAGGAUAACGGGGAGAUCAGCAUCGGAACCAAGAUUGACCGUGAACAGCUCUGCCAGAAAAACUUAAACUGCUCCAUAGAGUUCGAUGUGAUUACCCUGCCAACGCAGCAUCUGCAGCUGUUCCAUGUUGUAGUGGAGGUCCUGGACAUCAAUGACAACGCUCCCCAGUUCUCCAGAGCUUUGAUCCCCAUAGAAAUCUCUGAGAGCGCAUCUGUAGGAACCCGGAUCCCCCUGGACAGUGCCUACGACCCCGAUGUGGGAGAUAAUUCGCUCUACACUUAUUCUCUAUCCCCAAACGAUUAUUUUAGGAUUGAGGUGAGGACCAGGACCGAUGGCGCCAAGUAUGCAGAACUUAUUGUGGACAAGCAGCUGGACAGAGAAUUUCAAGCUAGCUAUGAACUCCAGCUCACUGCUUCCGAUAUGGGGGUACCCCAAAGAUUUGGCUCAUCUCUUCUCAAAAUAAGUAUUUCUGACUCAAAUGACAACAGCCCUGUAUUUGAACAGCAAUCGUAUGUCAUCAAUUUGCUUGAAAUUUCCCCUGUAGGGACAUUGCUUAUAGACCUCAAUGCCACCGAUCCAGACGAGGGCGACAAUGGCAAGGUUGAAUAUUCCUUUAGCAGCCACGUGUCCCCCCAAAUUUCCGACACUUUUAAGAUAGACGUAGACAAUGGCCAUCUGACGCUCAUAAAGCAAGUGGACUAUGAAGCCACAAAAUCCUAUGAGAUUGACAUACAGGCCCAGGACUUGGGACCCAACGCUAUGCCAGCCCUUUGCAAGAUCAUUAUAAAUAUUGUUGAUGUUAAUGACAACAAACCAGAAAUCAAUAUUAACUUAAUGUCUCCUGGGAAAGAAAUCGCAUUUAUUUCAGAAGGUGCCCCACUGGAAACGUUUGUGGCCUUGGUGAGGGUGCAAGAUAAGGACUCUGGCCUCAAUGGGGAAGUGGUAUGUAAGCUUCACGGGCAUGGUCAGUUUAAGCUCCAAAAAACAUAUGAAAACAAUUAUUUAAUUUUAACCAAUUCAACACUUGACAGAGAAAAGAGGUCUGAAUACAGCUUGACCGUUAUAGCAGAAGACAGGGGGGUCCCAAGUCUCUCCACGGUGAAGUAUUUUGCUGUCCAUGUAAGUGAUGAAAAUGACAACCCCCCUCGAUUCCAAACAUACAAGUAUGAAGUUGUCAUUAUGGAGAACAAUUCUCCAGGAGCCCACAUUACCUCUGUUAGGGCCACAGAUCCCGAUCAAGGAGAAAAUGGUCAAGUGACAUAUACUAUUCUCGAAAGCCUCAUCCAAGGUAAUUCAAUUACAACCUAUGUAACUAUUGAUCCAUCAAAUGGAGCAAUCUAUGCACUUCGAUCAUUUGACCAUGAAGAGGUCAAUCAGAUCUCAUUUAUUGUCCAAGCCAGAGAUGGCGGUGUUCCACAACUUGCCACUAAUGCCACGGUGAUAAUUACGGUUGUAGAUGAAAAUGACAAUUCCCCUGUGAUAGUGGCACCUGUUUUACACAACAACACAGCUGACAUCUCAAUCCCUAGAGAUGCAGAAAGUGGAUCCUUGGUUACCAAAAUAAAAGCCACAGACAAAGAUUCUGCGAUGAAUUCAGAGCUGAGUUGUUACAUUUCAGGGGGCAACAAAGACAAUAUCUUUAUUAUUGAUUCCAAAUCGUGUGAGAUUUACAUUAAUACAAGUGUGGAUGCCUAUUCUAAUCCCGAAUGGAGUCUUUUAAUUUUAGUUCAAGACAAGGGAAGUCCACCACGCAGUACAAAGGCACUUUUUAGGUAUAAUUUAGAAAGUCUGAAUGCUUUCACUAGCCCUGAGCCAUCUGAUGUGAAACAAGCGUCCAUGGAUGUCUCCAUGAUCAUCAUCAUCUCACUAGGGGCUAUCUGUGCUGUGCUUUUGGUCAUUAUGGUUAUUUUUGCCACAAGAUGUAAUCGGGAGAAAAAGGACAAUCAAUCUUACAACUGCAGAGUAGCCGAAUCAACUUACCAAAAUCACCCAAAAAGACCCUCCAGACAGAUACACAAAGGGGAUAUUACUUUAGUGCCUACCAUCAAUGGAACCCUUCCUAUCAGGUCUCACCAUAGGUCUUCUCCUUCACCGUCUCCAACUUUAGAGAGGGGCCAAAUGAGCAGUAGGCAAAGUCAACACAGUCGCCAGUCACUGAAUAGCCUCAUGACUAUUUCCUCUAACCACGUACCCGAUAACUUUUCACUGGAGCUUUCAACUGCUACUCCUGCAGUAGAGGUAUCUCAACUGCUUUCAAUGCUUCAUCAAGGUCAAUACCAGCCUAGACCCAGCUUUCGUGGCAAUAAAUACUCCAGGAGCUACAGGUAUGCUCUCCAAGAUAUGGAUAAAUUCAGUCUGAAAGACAGUGGUCGUGGAGACAGCGAAGCUGGAGACAGUGAUUAUGAUCUGGGCAGGGAUUCUCCCAUUGAUAGGCUUCUAGGAGAAGGAUUCAGUGAACUUUUCCUUACUGAUGGCCACAGAAUGCCUCCAAUUAUGAGGUACUGCACAGAUGAAUGCCGGAUUCUUGGACACUCUGAUCAGUGUUGGAUGCCACCUCUACCCUCUCCAUCGUCUGAUUACAGAAAUAAUAUGUACAUUCCAGGAGAGGAGCUUCAAUCCCAACAACAACAACAACAGCACAACCAGCAACAAUCACAGACUCAGCAGCAGGUCCAGCAACAGGCUCCUCUGGUAGAGGAUGACAUACACCCUAUUGACCAGAAUGAGAAAAAAAAGAGCUUUUCAACCUUUGGUAAAGAGUCUCAAGAUGAGGAAUCAGCUGAAGCUUGCACAUCAUCUCUUCUCACUGAAAUGAACAAUGUUUUCCAACGCCUGUUACCUCCAUCUAUAGAAAACUAUACAGAAUGCAAUGAUCUGGAUCGUUCAAACUCAUUAGAACGUAGGAAAGGACAAGUAGUAACCAAGAGUUACCCCCAAGGUGUAGCAGCUUGGGCAGCAAACACUCACUUUCAAAACCCAAAUAAUGUUGGACCUUCUCUAGGCAACCACUCAGGUGCUCAGCCUUCUUCCAAGUGGUUGCCUGCUAUGGAGGAAAUUCCAGAGAACUAUGAAGAGGAUGACUUUGACAAUGUCCUCAAUCAUCUCAAUGAUGGAAAACAUGAACUCAUGGAUGCCAGUGAACUGGUGGCUGAAAUUAACAAACUCCUUCAAGAUGUAAGGCAAAACUAGCAGUAAAUGAUUCCAUGUUUUCCAUAUUAGUGGAAAUUUGGAACAAUAAACACAAAAAAAACUAUUGACAGUUGGUUGCAUUUAAAAAUGUGUCUGUGUAUGUUAUAUAUUAACUAUUUGAGUGUCAGAUGGGACAAUAAGGAUACUUUGGUUUACUCACCUGUGUGGAGCUCAAAUAGUUAA